AUGCCCAGCAGAGGCCCUCCUCCUGCGCCAGCUGUGUCCAGGAAGCCAAAAACAAGCUGCUGCCCAUGGCUUACGCUCAAGUCACACCCACAAAACGGUGGCUCCCCACAAGCCUUGAUGGCGAUCGCCUAUUCGCAUCUGGAAGGGGGCAGCCUCCUGGUGGCCCUGCUCAAUCUGGCGAUUCCGCUGGUACAGGUUCUCGGCUCUUUUGUUCUUUGCCCAAUCCUACGCCCGAUGGUGGCGCCCUGGUAUGCCACCCAGCUCGAUGCCGCGGCGGCGGACAGCAACCUCCUCCUGAUGAAGCGGCUCUUUCUGGAGGCAGAUUUCCACAACGACCGUGACUUCUUCGUUCUCGUCACCAAGCAAAGCGACUUCCUGAGCGUCUUCUACAAGAUGUUCUCGGACAGCCCAGACCUUGCCAGCAUGAGAGGUGAUGACACGCUGGAGUCCUUCAUCGAGGCUUUGAGCACAAACAGGCUAAAAUUGGCAAACGGGCUACUUGUGGAACACACUCUGAGCGAGGGGCAGCUUCGGCUUUUCAUGCAGAAGUUCCCCUGGCUGGGUGCGGUCUGUUUCCUUGGCUGCACAAUCGACGGCCAGGAGCUGGCGGGGGUCCUUGGGCUCUGCACCGACCUUCGCCACCUAGAACUUUUUAACAUUGCGCUUACCAGCGAGGGCGCGGAGGCGAUCGUGAAGGCCGUCGCAGACAUGCCACUGGAGAGCCUGGAUUUACCACAGAACGAGAUCGCAAACAUCGAGGCGCUGGCCGCUCCACUGAAGCGAAUGGCGUCAUUGAAGGAGCUCGAUCUACGAAACAAUCCGCUGGAGCCCGGCGGUGCCAAGGCGCUGGCAGAAGGUCUCCGAGGUCACCGAGCCCUGGUUGAUUUGGGUCUCUGUGACAUUCCGUGCGGGGAUGCCUUUGCCGAGGCCUUGGAGCUGUCCACCAUGCGGACGCUCCGAAUAUUGUGGAUGUCUGAUUCCAAGCUCACGGACGAAGGGGCCAAGGCCCUCGCACAGCACUGCAAAGGCCACGGUGCGCUGGAACGUCUGUGGCUGACAAGCAACGAGAUCGGGGAUGUCGGGGCCCAGGCGUUGGCGGAGGCCGUGCCCACCAUGACCGCGCUGGGAAAGCUGGAUCUGGACAACAACAAGAUCCAGGCCGACGGCCAAGAGGCGCUCAGAGCGGCGGAGCAAGCACAUCGAGGCUGGCGACUGCGACGACCGGGGCUGGAGAUAAGCCUGGACAGCCAGGAGAAGUCGACGGAAUGA